AUGCACCAACCAGAUGUCCUCGUCACCGGCUCAGCAGGUCACCUAGGCCACGCUCUAAUGCUGGAAUUGCCAAGACGUGGCUACACACCCAUCGGGCUCGACAUCAAAGAGUCACACCAUACUACUCACAUAGGCUCCGUCUCCGAUAGACCACUCAUCGCCGCUAUCUUCGCGGAGCACCCAAGUCUCCGCCAUGUCCUACACACAGCGACCCUUCACAAGCCACACGUUGGCUCACAUCCCAAGGAUGCUUUCGUGGCGACCAAUAUUCAGGGUACUCUGGUUCUCCUGGAGGAAGCCAGCAAAUCGGGAAAGAUCGAAGCCUUCAUCUUCACCAGCACGACGUCCACUUUCGGGGCUGCAUUGGCACCUAAACCUGGUGAGCCGGCUGCUUGGAUUGAUGAGUCUGUGGUUCCCAUUCCGAAGAACAUUUGCGGCACUACGAAAGUGGCUGCGGAGGAUCUCUGCCAGCUGGUCCAUAACGAGACCAAGAUGCCGGUCCUCGUCCUCAAGACUUCGAGGUUCUUUCCUGAGCAGGACGACAACGAAGUUGCGAGACAGACUUAUAGCGAUGAUAAUCUGAAAGUGAACGAGCUGACGUAUCGAAGGGCGGAUAUAGCGGAUGUUGUGGAUGCUCAUAUUUGUGCAAUCCGUAAAGCAAAAGUGCUAGGAUGGGGAAAGUACAACAUCAGUGCCCCGCCUCCAUUUCAACGAACAACAGAGAUACUGCGAGAUUUGGAUGUCGAUGCUGCCGAGGUCAUCAAAACGACAUGUCCUAAGGAAGCUGAAAAUCUCGUAUCGAUUGGUUGGAGGCUGCCGGCUCGCAUUGACCGGGUCUACGACUCCAGCAAAGCGAUUGAAGAUCUUGACUGGAAGCCAGUAUACACUUUUGCCAGAGCUGUCGCACGAGUCAUCGACAAGCAAGAAUGGCGGAGUCCUCUCACGCUGGCUGUCGGCAAGCGCGGCUAUCAUGCUAUUCCCACCGACGUCUACACUUCUUGA